AAUGUUGACAACAAGGAUAGCGAUAAUGAUUUAAUGCUACUUGAUGAUAAAUUAGAACCAUCAGCUGCAUUUGAAUUGGACAAAACUUUGCUAGGUAAUCCGGGAGAGCAAUCAAAUUUAUUGUCUCCAUCAAUCCAAAAACGAACAGUUGCGAUUCGCAAUCGAAAACGUAGUGUCUCAAGAAGACAG